UUUGAAGGAACCAGAAUCUCUGGAGGCAUCAGAAGGGGCCUUGGGGUGAGGCCCCACAGGGAUGUCAUUUGCUGGCUCACAGGUGGUCAGACCACCUCCCCCGGCCUCCAGGGCAGCUUUUCCCUACAGAGCUGCAGUUCUGACCCCUCCCUUCGGGGGCCCACCCGCAGCCCAGCCCUUUCCCCAGGGCCCCACAGCUUCAGAAAUUGGGGGAAAGACGGCAGAAGAAGGGAGUAGAGCUAAAACGGUUCCAGACCUGGACCUGGAGGAGGGAGAGGCGUUUCCUUACUGCAGGGCACCGGCCUCUCCCUUUGUUUGCUCUGAGAUAGCCGGUCUCGCCCCUGCCGGGCCGGGGAGGCUGCCCCGCGGGCGCCGCCUUCCCUUCCAGGCCCGGGCACCAGACCAGCGACGGCGGGACGCGGCCAUGGCCCGGCUCCCGGGGCCUUUGCUGUGCGGGGCGCUGCUGGGCUUGGUCUACAUGACGGCCCCCGGCCGGGCGGUGGAGGUGCACGUGCCCGCCGAGCCCCUGAGCGCGCCGACGGGCCAGACGGCCGAGCUGCGCUGCGGCUACAGCACGUCGGUGACCGACAGCUUCGCCCUGGAGUGGAGCUUCGUGCAGCCCGGGAAGCCCAUCUCGGCGUCGGCCCCCAUCCUGUACUUCACCAAUGGACAACUGUAUCCAACUGGUCCUAAGGCAAAGCGGGCCAGCCUGCUUCAGAACCCCCCCACAGGAGGAGUGGCCACCCUGAAGCUGACUGAUGUCAACCCCUCAGAUACUGGAACCUACCUCUGCCAAGUUAACAACCCGCCAGAUUUCUACACCAACGGGUUGGGGAUAAUCAACCUUACUGUGCUGGUGCCCCCCAGUCGCCCCUUGUGCAGUCAGACUGGUCAAAUCUCUGUGGGGGGCUCUGCUGCACUGAGGUGCAGCUCUUCUGAAGGAGCUCCCAGGCCAGUGUACAACUGGGUCCGUCUUGGAUCUUCUCCUACACCUUCUCCUGGCAGCAUGGUGCAAGAUGAUGUAUCCGGUCAGCUCAUUCUCACCAAUCUCUCCCUGGCCUCCUCGGGCACCUACCGCUGUGUGGCCACCAACCAGAUGGGCAGUGCAUCCUGUGAACUGACCGUCUCUGUGACUGACCCUUCCAAAGGCCGAGUGGCCGGGGCUGUGAUCGGAGUGCUCCUGGGCGUGCUGUUCCUGUCCGUGGCUACGUUCUGCCUAAUAAGAUUCCAGAAAGAGAGGAAGAAGAAGCCCAAGGAGACAUACAGGGGUAGUGACCUUCGAGAGGAUGCCAUCGCUCCUGGGAUUUCUGAACAAACUUCUCUGAGGGCCGAUCCUAGCAAUGGGCUCCUGGAGAAGCCCCUCUCUGACGCCACUGUGAAGACCACCAAGUCUAAGCUCCCUGUGGCCGUCUGAUUUCCCUGCCCAUCGCUAAGGGGGAAUAUCAGCAAUUAAAGCCCCUGGGUUCCA